GUCCAUUAAAAAUUGUAAAUCGUCUAAAAUAUAAGGUAAAAUACUGUAUUAAUUAGUCGCAGAACGGAAGACGGCGGGGUAAACAGAUGGGUUUAUAGACACCGCUCACUGCUUGCUCAUUGGUCAGCGCUUCCCUUUUGUCCUUUUUACACAACACAAGCAAACCCAGAAAGAGCCAAAAUCUCCACAAAAAGAAAAAGAACAAAAAUAAAAGGGGGAUAAAUGCUCAUCCAAUUCGUUCAUUUUCACACAAAGAGCUUUUUGAUCGUUUUAGCCCCCCGGCUGCCCUACUACGCUCUCUUUUUACUUUUUUCCCUUUUCCCCUUCUCUCCCCUUUUUUCCACAGUCAUGGUUACUCUGAUAACAUCAGAAUCAACAACAACAACAAUCACAAGCAAGAAAAAGCCAAUAGCAACAGAAGACGACAUACCACAACAACAGAAACGCCAUGUACGACAACCAGAAGUCUGUGUCGAUUAUUUAUCGUACAACUUUGACGAAAUGGAUCUGGCUGCUUCAUGGAGAGUCAUGACGCAACAGAAAAAGCAAGUCGUCGACGGCAUUCGAUUAGAGAAUGCUUCUUGGCGAACCUGGGCCAAGCAACGUAAUAACUUGAAAACCAUACAUCCUCAAUCCUUAAAUUGGUUAAAGGAUAGCGAUGUGACGUGGUUGUAUGGUCCUUUACAUACAGUGAUAAAGGUAGAAGAAGAUCCUUUCAUGAACACUCAGAGAACAACAACUGAACAACAACUUGGAUUGAUUACAUCCUCUCGUAGUAGUCAUGAUAAGAAUGAUAAAAAACCUUUAAAAUCAGCCUUAAAGAAGGUCUCGACUGUUGAUCUAUUAAAACGAUCUAUUGGUGAUAUUUAUUCAGCUCCGACGACAGCGUCAGCAGACAAGAAAACAAACCAUCCGAAUUCAUCACUGCCGCCGCCAUCGCCACCGUCACCACCACCAGCAACAGCAACAGCAACAGCAGUAUUAACGAGCACCGUAUCCAUGCGACAGCAUCGUAAAAACUCCAUUUCCGACAUGAACAAAAAACUACAAGCUGUGUCGCCUGCUAUUUUAGCAACGCAUCGACAACCUAGACUAAGCUUCAAUCACAGAGUAGAACAAUGUAUUGCGAUCGUAAACGAGGAAGAAGAAGGCGUUGACGAUAUGGAUAGGGAGACGAGAGACGAGGAUGAGGAUAUACUCAGCAGCGAUUUACAUUAUGCCAGCACCUCUUCCUAUCAACAUCAUUCAUUCGAUAGAACGAGAAGGAAAUCCAUCUUGAAAAUCAGAUCGACUCGUUUGAAACGAUCCCAAUCGGACGAUGACGAAGCCUGCUCUUCACUCUCUUCCAGUGCAGCGACAAGCAAUUCAUCCUUACAUUACAUCACUCAUUCACCCCUCAGAUCUUAUGAAGCAUCGCCUUCUUCUUUACAACAACAACAGCUAAAGUCACAGCACGAUGUCGGAACAGAGUUUGAGGAGGAGGAGGAGGAUGACGAUGACGAUGAUCAAGAGAUAGAAGAACAGGCAGAUAAAAAUAGAUAUUCUUCUGUCGUCCCAGCAGCAGCAAUAUCAACAACCAAUGUAUCCCUUAAACCAAACUACAAAGAAAAAUCAAAUAUUGCUGAACCAGCAUUAGUGACGAUGCAUCAAACAGCAAGAGAUAUACACAAAAAACCAGAAGACGCGGUAACAAUACGCAUCGUCUGAGUCAAGCUGAAAAGCACAACUCAUAACGCACCCCUCUUUUAAGUGCGCCCUCCAAAAAUGUAAUACAUAGGUGUAUAUAUGUAUAUAUAGAUACCAAUCUUUUGUUUUAUUUUAUUUUUUUUCGUUUACUUGUAUUUGUAGUAUUUCCAUUGAUAUUUUUAGAAUGAUAAAUAAACUGACGACUGACUGUCUUAAUGCUCCUA